AUGAAGAUAUUUGCCAGUAACAUUCUGACUGGCGCUUUACUAGCCUACUUCACAGGGCCAUCGCCACCCUACUUACAUGGCGCAAACAUCCAUCCCCAGGGCCAAGGACCCGACCAAAAGGACCUGAUGACCUACUGCCGCGAGCCAGCCAUCGACGUCAUCGUGCUCUCCUUUGUCCACCUCUUCCCGCAGCAGGCCAACGGCCUCCCCGGCACAAACUUUGGCAACCAGUGCGGCGGCUCCGUCUACCCCGGGCCGGGCCCCAACCCGUCCCUCGACUCCCUUCAGGCCAACUGCCCGCGCCUCGUGCCGCAGAUCGAGCAGUGCCAGCGCAUCUUUCGCAAAAAGAUGCUGCUCAGCCUCGGCGGCGGCGUCGCCGGCUACCAGCUCACGGGCGCCGAAGCCGGCCGCGCCUUUGCGGACCAGCUCUGGGCCAUGUUUGGGCCGCGGCUGCCGGCUGUGGAUGGCGAUGAUGAUUCUGCUGCGGCGCUGCCGAGGCCGUUUGAUGCCGGGAGCAGGGUCGUGGACCUGGAUGGGUUUGAUUUGGAUAUCGAGUUCCCGCCCGUCGAUGGCGGACAAGGCUAUCGAGCGCUCGCGCUGAGGCUCAGGGCGCAUUAUGCCAGCGUCCCCGGUCGGAGGAAGAUUAGGCUCCUGACGGCUAGUCCGCAGUGCGUCGUGCCGGAUUCGAAUCUGAGUGAUGUUGUUCGGGCGGUGAGGUUUGACGCGCUGUUUAUUCAGUUCUACAACACCAUUGUCUGCUCAGCCGCCCGCUGGGCAAACGAGAAUCCAACAUAUAGCCCUGGAGACCUUGCGAAUCCCGCCGGCUUCACUUUUGACACCUGGACCGAGUCCAUCAGAGGAACCGCAUCUUCCAGGGCAAAGCUUUACCUGGGCCUGGCUGGGGGACCUAAUGCCGCCAACCCUGGGCAUUACAUUGAUGAAAACGCAAGCAGGCGCCUCAUCGAAGCCUUCUUCUGCCGACCCAACCUCGGAGGCGUCGCCGUCUGGGAGGCCACAAACGCCAACCCGGGCGGCAAAAAGGCCUACUACACGACCGCCAGGGAACACCUGGAGCGCGCCAACAGGGACCCCAGGGCUAGGGAAUGCCCCAUUGCUCUUCCUCCACCUGCGGACGACAACGACCCUCCGCCGGCCCCCGCCACUGGUGCCUGCGGUAGCGGCGUCGGGAGCUGUGCGGGUAGUUUCUGCUGCAGCCAGUAUGGGUAUUGUGGCCAGGAACCCGAGUACUGCGGCGUGGGAUGCCAACGGCAGUUUGGAACUUGUACGUAA